GACGACCAACUUGCAGUAUUAACUUUUGCGGAAGUGCGUCAUCCUCCAGCGAAGACAGCAUGUCGUCGCCGCUUCUUCUCCGCGGCUUGUCGUCGUCGCUCGCCGGUUUGCGAGGGGUCGUGGCCGGCUUCGGUGGCACUCGAGGGUGCAAGCAGCAGCACAUGGAGGCCGGAGGUGGCGCCCCGGAGGUGGAACUCAAGAGACUGCCCGGGGAGGACGAAGGCAUUGUGGAAGUGCUCAUGUGCAGACACAAGGCCCGAAACGCUUUGGGCCGCGUGUUUGUGUCACAGAUGAGGGAGCUGGUGUCCAUGGUGUCCAGUGACUCGACAGUACGCGUGCUUGUCUUCAGGAGUUUAGUUCCCGGUGUUUUCUGUGCAGGCGCUGACCUGAAAGAAAGAGCUGUGAUGAACAACCAGGAGUCAGACCUGUUUGUUCACGGCCUGCGAUCCCUCACGACUCAGAUCGCCUUGUUGCCCAUGCCCACCAUAGCAGCCAUUGAUGGUGUGGCAGUGGGAGGUGGACUGGAGCUGGCCUUGGCCUGUGAUCUGCGCACUGCUGCGUGUUCCGCACAGAUGGGCCUGAUUGAGACGACACGGGGGCUGCUCCCAGGGGCCGGGGGCAGUCAGCGGCUGCCUCGCGCUGUGGGCCUGGGCCUGGCUAAGGAGCUCAUCUUCACAGGGAGACGCGUGGGGGGGCUGGCGGCCGCCGAGAUGGGCCUGGUGAACAGAGCGGUGCGGCAGGACCAGACGGGAGAGGCUGCAUACGCGGAAGCGCUCGGCCUGGCCAGAGAGAUCCUGCCCCAGGCUCCCAUUGCUGUGCGGCUGGCCAAAGAGGCAAUGAACAGAGGCAUGGAGGUUGACAUCACUUCAGCAAUGGCCAUCGAGAGGAUGUGCUACGCUCAGGUCAUCCCGACGCGGGACAGACGGGAGGGAAUGGCGGCCUUCAUAGAGAAGAGACCCCCAAGAUACAUUGGCGAAUAGGCUGUUUUUAUUUUUUGGGGACGAAUCACUUUUUUUUUUUUUUUGUCUCUUCGUGCUUGGCACAACCAACACUAACUCAUUUGGAAUCAGUCCAAAAUAUGUAUACGUAUGAGACGAACUGGCGAAAUAAAACUGAAAAUGUGUAUUGUUUUUUUCCUGAUUGGAAAACAUGAUCAAUAACACCCAAAGACAAUGAACUCAUGGUGUUACUUGGUGCGACAGGCACUAAAUCGUUCAGGAAACAGUCAAAAAUGUCGUCACAUAUGACACGAGUCAACUAAAUAAAACUGUA